GUUUGAGUCGCGGGGCGGAGAACUGAAGAACAGACAGUUUUACCAGCACGCUCAGACUUGUUGCGAACACUUUGUGUCGGAUCGAUCAGACCCGAUCAGAUCAGAUCGAUGGAUUAGAGGAGCAGCUGCUGUAGAGACAUGGAGGGUGUGCAUGUGUGGCUGGUGUGUGUGUGCAUGCUUAGUGUGCGUGCUGAGGCUCACAGCUCAUUGGACAGAAGUGACCACACCCACCUGGACCACCAACACUAUCAUCUGGUUUCCAACGACGACGCAGCCUCAGAUCUGUGUGUGAUAGACCAGCAGCUCUGUCAGGAUGAGAACUCCCUGCUGAGUUUCGAGGCGAUCUGCAGCAUCCACAAACUGAUGGACGACGAUGCAGAUGGGACGGUGGACACGUCCGAGACGGACGGGUUUCUCAGAGAGGAUCUCAAGUAUCACGACCCCAAAGCCAAGCACAGUAGCUUCCACCGAGCCGACCUGCACAUCAGCGUGGAGGACAUGUGGACCGCCUGGAAGAGCUCUGAAGUCUAUAACUGGACAGUACAGCAGGUGGAGGAGUGGCUGCUCAUCAGUGUGGAGCUUCCUCAGUACACAGGAACCUUCAGGAAACACCAGCUGGAUGGAAAAGCCUUACCCAGGCUGGCAGUGAAAAACACCACCCUGACUGUGUCGGUGUUGAAGAUUUUAGACAGAAGUCACUCUCAGAAACUGCAGCUCAAAGCCCUGGACAUUGUGCUGUUUGGACCGCCACCAGCAGGCCGACAGAGCCGGUGGAAGGAUCUGGUUCUGGCUGUGUCCAUCCUGAUGGCGCUGGGUGGCUGCUGGUUUGCCUACGUCCAGACCAGGAAGUCCAGAGACGACCUGGGGAAGCUGGUGAAGGACCUAGAAGGUCUGCAGAGGGCCGAGCAGAGCCUGAUGGACCUGCAAGAGAAGCUGCAGAAGGCUCAGGAGGAGCAGCGCUGCGUUCAGGUGGAGAAGGUGAAGGUGGAGGAGGCGCUGAGGAGCGAGAUCGACUCGGCCAAGCAGGAGGCUUGUCGGCUACGAGAGCUUCGGGAGGGAACUGAGAACGAGAGGAGCCGGCAGAAAUACGCCGAGGAGGAGCUGGAACAGGUACGUAUGGCGUUGAAGAAGGCAGAGAGGGAGCUGGAGUCGCGGGCUCACUGGGCUCCACCGGAGGCUCUGCAGAAGUGGCUGCAGCUGACGCACGAGAUCGAAGUUCAGUACUACAACAUCAAAAAACAGAGUGCAGAGAGGCAGCUGCUGCAGGCCAGAGAGGGGGUGAGGACAGCAACACAUGCUGGUAACACUGAAACAUGCACAAUGAUGGUGGCGAUUAUAAUGAUGAUGUCGGUGGUGGCGUUUCAGGCGGAGAAGAUCAAGAAGAAGAGGAGCUCUCUGUUCGGGACGUUUCACGUGGCUCACAGCUCCUCGCUGGACGAUGUUGACCACAAGAUCCUCUCUGCCAAACAGGCUCUGGCCGAGGUGACGGCGGCCCUUCGGGAGAAGCUCCACCGCUGGCAGCAGAUCGAGUCUCUGACUGGCUUCUGUGUGGUCAACAACCCGGGCCUGGGAGCCCUGGCUGCAUCCCUCAACCUGGACCCAUCCUUCCUCGGCCUGCGACCUCCGACCCCUCAGCACCUCCUCCUCUCUGAUGACCUCGACGACAUGGAUGAAGACAUCCUGUCUCCUGGGACGCUGCAGUAUGCUGCAUGGCAGAUGGACCGACGAGUGAGCGACCUCUGGCCCCUGAGUGGCAUCGCAGACACCCAGUCACCAUGGAAACACUCUGCUCAGAGUCUGAUGCCCCUGCGACAGAGGAUAGGAGACCCUGCUCUGACGUUCAGCUCUCAGAGGGACAUCAUGAACCGCUCAGACUCUGACUCCGCCCUCCCUCUCUCUCAAGGCGAAUCACGAAGCCUGUAUGGCUCUAAGCCCUUCCUUCUUUCAUCCAGGCUCCACCCCCUGCAGGCUCAGGGCUCUGGGGUUGGUGGAAGCCUGGAGAAGAGCUCCAGCCUGGGGGAGCUGAGGGGCAGCGCUGCCGCCGGCCUUGCCUCCUCCUGCUCCACCCGUUCCCUCUGCAUCACCUCCGAUGCUGCUGACAGCCCGCUCGCCUUCUCAUCCUCCGCCUCGUCCAGCUCAUCCGGCAAUGGUCGGGGGACAAGCGUCCCGGCCAGGAGGAGCCCUGUGGAGGAGGACGGAGGUGAGGAGAGCGAGCCGUCCAGCAGCCGGAGGAGAAACGCUUUUAAUAAGAUCUUUAAGAAGAAGCAGGGACGUCACUGAACCAGAGGAAUGUCUCUGCUUCUGAUCUGAAAACUUACAAACCUGCUUUUAUCUGCUAGAGACUCAUGAUGAUGAGAUCUUCAUCACAAUGAACGAAUCACCAACAUCAGUCUUUACCGCUUCACUCAAUCAAAUUUUCAUUUUCCACCUUGCCAUUAUCUGAUAUUAUGUUUCCGUUAAGAUGAGAAGAGAUCAGAUUUAGACUCGCAGAAGCAAAAAGUACAACAUAUGCGAUACCUCAGAGCGCCCAGGAGACAUGGUGAUGAACCUUCCUCGACACAAACCCACAAAGAAGAACAAAAGGAGGACUGUAGAAAGUAGAAAAUUGGACUGAGGGGCGUUUUUUCCCUUGUUGGCUUUUUAAACUUUGACAGAUGUUUCUGAGACAAACAAGGUCUGGAGAUGCUCUUCUAACUGGAAGUAGAUUUAGAGAAGGAACAUCAACAUCAAAAUCUAUCAAAGCACCUGUUGAAUUCAGCAGCUUUAAAUUUGACCAUGUUCAUGCCAAAAAGUCACAGUGUCCUUUGUGUCAACUUUGAACAUUCUCCAAAGACCAGAUUUAAGAUUAUCAUGGAGUUCUCUUUGUCUUUGACCACUGAGCAUGUAGUUCAAAUCAUUCAUGUUCAAUGAAAUAAAUGGGGUUUGUAGAAGCUGCAGGUUUGAUUCCUACAGCAGCACAAUCUGUUGCAGAGGGGAAGCUACUCCUAUUGGACGGUGCAUGUUAGCGAACCAACCCGCCUCCAGUCUGGUACGAUGACGCGUCACAAAACGUUUGUUCAAUAAUUAAGCUACUGAUGAGUCACGUGACAAACAAAAUACACAAAUGGCUCAGACCAAAAAACAGCAGCUAGAUGCCAAAAUUCACUUCAGUUUGAUUCACCUUUAAGAGGUGAAACUGAAUCUUUCGAGUGUCCAGCCAAUCAGAACGAGGGGGUGGGACUGGCCUCUCAAUCAGGAAAUACUGUUUGUUUUUAUUCUUGCUUUAUAACUGCAAGUGAAAUGCGUGUGUGAGAGGACAGAGAUGUUAAAUAAAACACUGUAUAAUCGACAACUUUGUGCACUGCUGUUGUUAGCAUGCUAGCUCCUGUUUGUGUUUACAACCCCACCCACACUAUUUCCUGACCCCCUCUGCUCUCGGCCUUACCAGCGGGUAAAUUUCGAAGGCCCUGAAGGUAAAUGCUGCGUUCCGUCCAAGUGGCAGUUCUGACGGGAAAAACUCAGACUUUUCUGAAAGCUCAGAUGUUUUUGACUUAAAUAAAAAAUUUUCAUGUUAACAUUAACAUGAAUGCUUCACGUCAGCCAAAGUCAUUCAAAGCUGAUUUAAAGGGAGGAUUUUUAUUUGACACGCAGCCGACAACACAGUCCUGAGUUGUCUGAUGACGUGAACGUGGAACAAGUGCUCCAAAAUUAGACGCUCGUAAAGUCAACAGUUUCCAAGUUUAGCACUGGGAAGCUUCCCUGAAACAGCCAGUAAUGAACUGGGAUCAGCUGAACAGAUGAUGAUCUGACAACAUGCUCAGGCUGCUACAACUAACUGUUGAGUGUGGGAAAAUGUGUAAAGAUGUGCAGUUCACAUGUCAGCAAAUUAAUCAGUUGAUGAGAAUCAUCUGGACAAACUGUUGAAGAAGUGGGCGGUGUGCAGUGGAUUGUGGGAUAUUGAGGACCAAAUCACAAAGCAGUCGCAGUUUUGGACAGAAUCAGGAUGCAGGUCUUUGAAACAGUUGAAAAAACAGACUCUGAGGAUGAAUCAGGCUCCAGUUUGUCUGUUAGUACAUGUGUCAGAUGCAUGAUGGGAACAUGUUCUUAUAUUCUAUAUUCUUUUGUAAAUGGCUCUCAUGUA